AUGGACAGAUGCAAGUCAGUUUCUACUCCCUUGGUUGAAAAUGAAAAGUUGAAGAAGGAUGAUGGUGCUAAGAAGGCAGAUGCUAAAAUGUAUAAAAGUUUAGUUGGUAGCCUCUUGUAUCUUACAGCCACUAGACCAGACAUAAUGUUUGCUGCAAAUUUACUUUCCUGCUACAUGCAAGAGCCCAGUCAGAACCAUUAUGGAGCUGGGAAAAGAGUUCUUAGACACUUUAGAGGCACUCUUGAUUAUGGGAUUCUUUACAAGGCUGGAGAAUGUUCAAGUCUAAUUGGUUACAGUGACAGUGAUUGGGCUGGUUGUUUGGAUGAUAUGAAGAGUACAAGUGGCUAUGUUUUUUCUCUUGGUUCAGGCAUAUGUUCAUGGGCAUCUAAGAAGCAGAACAUUGUGGCACAAUCUUCAGCAGAAGCAGAAUAUGUGGCUGCAGCAAAAGCAACUUCACAAGCUGUGUGGCUGCGAAGAAUUCUUGAAAACAUUGGAGAAAGACGGGAAGAAGAAACCAUAUUGUUUUGUGACAACAAAUCAGCCAUUGCUAUUGGGAAAAAUCCAAUCAGUCAUGAUCGUACCAAGCAUAUUGCAAUCAAAUACCAUUUCAUAAGGGAAGCUAUAGAGAAUGGUGAAAUUCAGCUCAAGUAUUGCAAGAGUGAAGAGCAGCUAGCAGAUAUACUGACAAAGGCACUCCCAAAGAACAAGUUUUGUUAUCUCAGAAAUCUCAUUGGAGUUGUGAAGAAAGUGCAUUAAGGGGGAGUGUUGGAAGUUAAUGCACUUAGAGCUUGU